AUGGGCCCGUAUUUCGUCCUCGGCGAUCAGCUCAUCAACCUCGACCAAGUCAAAACCGCCAGGCGAGUGCCAGGCGAUUGGGACCACAAGGUAGUCAUCAACAACGAGCUCUCCAUCAACUUCGGUAGCCAAAGCAACAACGAGCUCGAAACGCUUGCAAAGGCACUUAACGCCCGCCACCACGAAAAGGAAGUCGGUCCGACGGAGCGCAAAGUCGAGGAGUUGGAGAAGAAGGUUAAUUGUCUUUGGAACAUGCCGGAUUCGUUCCCUAAGCCUAAGAAAGCGAAAUGGGCUGCAAAUGAGUUUAGAAUGGCAAACUUCGGCAAAAUCUCGUGCGGUGCUUUCGGGAAUCAUAUCACGACUUACUAA